CUCUAUCUUGUGUCUUGUCUACUGAACUGAAAUUGAAAGAAAAAGAAAAAUUGGUGUGGUUCUUUUUCUUUAUGAAACUCUUUAAUUUUAAUUAUAGAAUAUUGUGCUGAUGAAAUGUGGAAUAUAAUUAAUAAAUUCUACUAUAAACUAAUUAUUUAUAUUAGAUUAAAUUUUAAGUUCUAAUUUUAUCCUUUUUAAAACACAAGCUAUUGCGUUCUUCAACUACAAGAAACUUUAUACUUACUUCACUAAGAGCAUUCUCUUAUUUAAAUAAAUAUCUCAAUACGACACAAAAACGUAUAAAACCACAAGAGAUAAGAAUGGAAACACCUAAGAAGGGCGAUGAGGCAGAGACAACUCUGCCCGUGUUGACACCUAAAGUUGCAGGAGGCUCUCAGCGUGUUAUAAAACAAAUCAUGGUUAUAGAUCCCAACAAGCUGAGAUUGGCUGGGCUGGAUGUCAAGAUGGCAGAAGCCCUGAAAAAAGCCAAAAAGAAGACGCAACCCAAGGCAAAGGAAAGUAAACUAGCAGCGGCCAAGAGUAUACUCAAUAAAAAGCUAAAGGAAGCUCUUUCAAAGAAAGAUGCAGCCCCUGCACCAGCAUCCCCACAAACCCCAGUCAAAAAUGUAAAAUCUGUCGAUGAAGCAGCGGCGGCGCCAAAACUUUCACCUUCGGACAAAAAACAAGCCGGGAAAGCAAAGCCAAAAAUAUGUGUUGCAACAUUGAAGUCACUGAUGCCACCUCCGUCGUUCCCAGUUUCUUCCCUGAUUUCCCCUACCCAAACGGUCGAAAUAAAAGUCCUCAAAUCACAGAAGACCAAACAGUCGAUUGAGGUAAAGAUUGUGGAUGCCAGUGUCGAGAAACCACAGAAAAUUGAUGUCUUCCCCAAAGCAUCGUUGAAGCCUCAAACUGUACCAAAAACAGAGGUGACUAAACCAGAAGUAAAAGUCAAAUGCUAUGAGAGGAAAAAAUCGAAUAUUUCUCAAAGCAAAGAUCAACCUAAGGAGAUUUCAGCCCCUGUCAGCCAACCAGAAGAAACAACAACACAAACUGUAAUUGUUCACAUAGAAUCCAAUACGAAAUCAACAGAGGAACCCACAAAGGAACCUCCCAAAAAGAGUAAUCUGGAGUUGGAUUCUGUUCCCAAGAAAACCGCGAUCAAUGUUGUUCAAGGUUUAAAAAACACAAAACACAUAGAAUCCAAUAAUAAGAAAACAGAGACACCAAGAAAGGAAUCUACCAAGGAGAAAGAUGCCUCGGAGUCUGAUCUUCACAAAACCGUGACCAAUGUGACUGAAGCUGUUACAAACACAAAACAAAAGGAAGCUACUAAAAAAACAGAGAAACCUAGAAAGGUGUCUCACAAAGAGAAAGAUGCCUCAGAGUCUGAUCUUCAAGAAACUCAAAGCAAUGCCGGUGAACCUCUCAAAAACACACCAGUACAAAUUGUCACUUCUAAACCUCCACCAAAAGAAGACAAAUCUCUAAAAGAAACUAUCAUUGAAGUUAUUCCAAGCGAAGAAGAAUCCUUGGUCCCAGAAUUAGAAAUUUCAACAAAUAUGGUUUCAGUAUCGCCAAUUCCUUUGAAAUCACUUCCAGUCACACCUGAUACGAGUCUGAAAAUAGUCAGCUCCUCCACACCCAUCCGCCAAAAAUCCUUGCCCAAAGUCAUUGAGAGCAAAGUCCUAUCGCCCGGAGAGAAAAUCGAUCUGAGUAUUCUGACACAAAAAACACCCACUGCUCUUACAAUACCCAAAAAACGGUACAAACUCGACCAGAAUUGGAUAUCUUCUGAAUCAAAUCAAGCAGAAUCGAUUUAUAUUAAUAUGUCACAAGUAGUAGUAGAACCGAGUCCUCCUCCGAGGGACGUGGAAGACCAGCAUCAGGAAUCAGCUGUUGAUUUCAUCAACAAUCUUUCUUUGUUCUUUGCGGAGAGCCCAAAAAAUAAAUCCCUAAAUAAGUCGGUUCCGGAUAUUUUGACCAAGGAGUGCAGUGAAGAUGCAACUAGUUUUUUGGUAUCUCUAUUCCAACAAAAGCAGGAAGCAUCUCCAAAGAUGACGACACAAACAAAGCCAUCGUCACAGGAAAAUCAAGGUUCAAAAGCGGUUGCAGUAAAAAGUCCUUCUCAGGAUGAAAAGAAGAUUCCUGUAAAAAAAGAGACGAGUUCCAAAAAUGUUGUAGAAACAUCAAAAAACCAAGUUUUAGACUUGGAUGAAAGCAAAUCACAAAAUGAGGAAAGAAGUGCUCACAAAAAUGAACAACUUGUUGUAAAGACGCUGCAUGAGACCACUUUGGAUGCUUCAAAAAGCCUAUCCAGGCUACACAAGGAGGAACAAACAAUUCAAGAAAGCAAAUCCAUUUCAAAAACAGAGAUAGACAAACCACCUAAAGGCUCCAUAGAAACAAAUAGUUGUCCAGCCAAAACUGAUUUAAAUUCAACUCUUCGUUCAACAGAAGACGAAGAGAAAGAGCUUCCAUCUGUUCCCAUCAGUGUGAGCUCAAAAACUUCUUCGUUGCCUAAGUCAUCGAUUGAAUCAGUUCAAAAACCAAUAAAUAAACCUUCAACUCCUCCAGUAAGUACCCGUAGAAAGGGUAGUAAACCAAUCCCAGUGCUCAUACCAAAACUGAAGAAAAGUCGAAAACCACCCACUCCUGCUGAAAAACCACCUGAAGAGAGAAUCAUAGAAAAACCUUCAGAAAAACCACAAGAAGAAUCACCAACUCAGCCAGUAUCAACUAAAGAAAGAUUAACCGAUUCCAUUACUAAUGAAUCAACUCCUUGUACAACAAAAGAUGAUAUUAAAAAGCUUCCAGAAGAAAGUGCUGACCAAUCAUCGGUUCCUUCGGCUUCAAAAGAUUCUGACGAAAUUUUGAAUGAAUUACCUACAAGUAGUAAAACGGAAAGACCUCAGAGGCAGAGAAAAAUGUCUUUGAAGUUAAUAGAAUCGUCUGAAUCUCGUUCAGGAAUCAAAUCACCUCCUCUUCAAGGAUCAGUGGAUAAAACUGUUGAACAGGCGCCGAUUUCAAUUGAAAGGCCGCAGCGUCAAAGGAAAGUUUCGUUUAAGCUCCUGGAUUCAGCUGAUUCAACUGUAAAGGCUUCAAGUGUUCAGGAAACCAACCCGGCUGACAUAGAAGUAGCAACUAAAGCAGAACGACCUCAACGUCAGAGAAGAUUAACCGCAAAGUUAUUGGAAUCUUCUGAAUCACUUCCCUCUAUAAAAUCAAUCCCUCAAGUAAAUAGCCAAUGCGUUGAACAUGAAGCGAAGGACAAAAUGCAGCUAGACACUGCAACAGGAACAGAAACAGGAAAAGGAACGGAAACAGAUACAGAUACAACACAGUGCCCUAAAAUUGACUCAGAUCCUACAAAUACUGAUGAUUUGAUUGCCAUUGAAGUGGAGAAAAAUGUUUUAAAAGAUCCGAUCUCACAACUUGAUGCGUUCCACGAGAGUGUAGAAAAAUUCGAGUUAGCCUGCGGGACAGAAAAGUCACAAGAAUUAGAAGCUGCAACUCCAAGUUUAGAAGGAGAAGGGGCUUCGUUGUCAGAGUACCCUUUUUAUGAUGCAAUUUGUAGUGAAAUAUCGAAUUCAAGCGAAAACGUCCAACCAACUGUGGGAAAGGAAAAUGUCUCUAGCGAAAAAACCUCGACCACCAAAAUUCUCAGAAGACGAAAAGAAUCCUUGAGGUCAAGAAAGUUCGGUGGUGACCAAAUUUCUAUAGUUUCAAAUGAUUCCUCAGAUAUACCCGCUCAUACGACCAGUGACUUACAAAAUGUGCCUUUAACAAAAUCAACUCGAAAACGCAAGGAAACUCCAAUAAUUUGCGAACCUAAAAAGGAAGGUGAAGAAGAAUUUACUCCAAAGCCAAGUGAAACAAAGUUUCACGCAAGAAAUUUGGUAUCGGAAAUGGUGCAAAGUGAAGAGACUUUUUCUCCAGAGCCUAAAGAAAUCCUUAACAACUCAGCAGUUAUGGAGAAUUCAACAAACAUCGAUACUCCAACUAACACAAAAGGGAGAAAAAGAAGAGGUAGGCCUCCGAAGUUAAAAAAGCCAUUCCCCCAACAAGAAGUGAUGGAAGCAGUUGAUGAAGUCACGCAACCAACAAUAGAAGAAAAAUCCAAAGAAAUGCCAUCUUCCAGCAUUGAUCAACAUAGCCAAGACGUGUCAGAUGUUAAAUUGUUAGAAGAUGCUGCUGAAGUAUCUACAGCGCGAACAACUGAAGAUGAUACCAUUCAACCUUCGACAACUGUGCUUCGAAAAAAUUCAAAUUUUGGUGGUUCGUGGGAAACGUUGCCUUCUGCCGAUGAGAAUAUCGAUAUUAUAGCCCCUGAGAAAGAUUCUUCCAAAAAUGCGAAGAAAAAAACAAGAAAAUCCAGAAUUACCUCAAACUCUUUAAAGAGUAAGGGUAACGAGGAAACCCCAGAGAGUUCUAAGGAUAAGGUCGAAAAACCAGAGAAAUUUUCUCUUAACACUUCAAAAAGUAAAGAUGAGGAGGAAAUGCCAGAUUCUAAGGACAAAGUGGAUACACCGGAGAAUGUACCUUCAAACACUCCACACAGUAAAAGUCAGAAACGGAAAAUGCCAGGUAUCCAGGAGAAAGUUCCUCUUAGUGCUAAGGAUCCACCAACAAAUAUCCAAACGUUAACUGAAGGAAUUAUACAAGCAUCUGUAUCUACAAAAGAAGGAGACAUGACGCUUUCAAAGAACGUUGAUGAUGCAAUAUUGAAUCCUGGUGAAAAUGAGACUAUCAAAAGCACGGAACCAAUUACUGAAAGUCCACAGAAAAAUCCAAACGAAGACACUGGUUCUAUAAAAUUCCCAAUUGAAGAAAGCCAAUCUAGACCCGACAAAGGUCUUCAAGUAAAAGAACAGGAGAUUAUUUCAAUGUCUUCUGAACAUCUCAAAUCAUCAGAAAUAAGACCGGACGCUCAAAACGAAUGUCAAUUUUCUGAGGGACAGAAAACAUCAAUAGUUGAUUCUUGUAGCCAUCCGGAGUUCGUGGAAACCCCACAAACAAUUGACAUUGGACAAAAAGGUAAUAAAGAGUCACCAAUAAAGCAAUCAACUCAAACUGAAGUCUUGAACAUAUAUUCUAACGCAGUCCAUACAGAAUCAUCACAAAUUACCAAAAAACCAUCAAUGCCUAUUGAUUCAUUGUUUGAUGACCUCAAAUCACCAACAACAAGAUCGGAAGCAGCUAAAUCAUCAAAAGACAACAAGAAAUCACUAAAAACCAUAGAAGAACCAAUUAAAAUUGUUCCUCCUUUUGAAGAUCUUAUGUUUGACUUGGAUCACAUUGAAAGUCCAUCAUUUUCUCCAAUCUGCGAAAGUUCAAGAACCUCAAAUGAUAUGGAUGGAUUUGAGGAAUUCGAUGAUGAUUUGACGUCAGCAAUUAUCAAUACAGUUACGGAGGCAGAAAAUGCUGCGGCGACAUCAAAGGAGGAACUAGAAAAGACUUUGAAUUCUUCAGUGGAUUCUGAGAAAUCACCACACGAUACCAUUCUUGCAGAUACACAAUCUGAAAACGUUAAAGAAUGUUCUUCAAAUUCUGUAGAAAAAUCAAUCGCCGUUAAGGAAAGUUCUUCAGAUCCAUCUUCUGUGCCUUCUUUGGACCUUGGUUCAAAGCCUUUGACGGACAACGAACUUAUAGUUGAGCAAAAUGAACCAUCUCCUUCUGUCCUUCCUAAAAAUUAUACAGAGGAAGAAAAACAAAUCGAACAAUCAUCAACAUCUAAAAAAGACAAAGGAAGUUCUGAACAAUCUCCUUCUGUCCUUUCUAAAAAGUUUACAGAGGAAGAAAAACAAAACCAACAAUCAUCAACACCUGAGAAAGACAAAGAAAGUUUUGCGGACAAAGAAAAGGAAAUUCCUGAAAACUCAGAAAUAUCAGAUGAAGUUUUACCACAUUCUGCAUUAAAUUCAAAUAAUCUGAAAAAUAAAGCUGCAACCCAUUCCAAACCCACAGAAGAACUUCCAGAGGCCAAGAUUAAACCUAGUUCUGCCUUAUAUUCAGCAGUUCUCAAUAAAUCAGGAGAUAUUGAAAAAGAACCAAGCAAAAACAAGGCGAAAAAUCCAUUCAAGAAAAAAGUACCCAAAGAUGGUGCAAUUGGAUCAGAACCAAGGUCUGAAUUCUUAGGUUUCAAUGAGGAAGAAAUCGAAGAAGGUCAGCAGUGGACAUCUUUGAGACUUUCUCAGUCGGAGGAUAUGGAAUCUCAGAACAUUAUUGAGUCACCUGCGGUUAGCAAAGUAAAACCAAAACAUAACAUAAAAGAAUCAUUUAAAGAAUCUCAAAGUGGCAGCGCAAAGAAGCAAAAACCAGAGAAGCAAAAGUGGGAGAAAAACUCAGCUAAGUCUUUGAAAAAUUGGCUAUCAAAACCUGCAAAGAGUGGUUCAAGAGACGAUGUGUGUGAUAAGGAAGAGGAUGCUAAGGAAUCGACUGCAUCUGUUCCUCCCAAGAAACGUCGAAGCAGAGUUAAAGACUUGUCAGAAUCAGCUCCUGUCGAAAAAGACAAAGAGCACGUUGAAGAGCAGGUACCUGAUGCAGAAAUAUCUACAACUGAGACCAAUGUGAGUGUGAUAGACAAAAGUAUCAACGCAUCAGAUAAGAAAGAAAAACCUAAAAGAGGAAGAAAACCCAAAUUAAAGAAUCCUCCAAUAGUAGAACAAACCUUGCAGGAGAACCUUCCAAGCUCGACUGAAGAUAUAAAUCCUGGGCAUCGCAAGUCAAUCAUUAUUGCGAAGACUUCCUUGGAAGACACCCCCAAAAAAUUAGAAGCAGUUAAUGAAAAUGAUUUCAAAACACCCAAAAGAGGCAGAAAACCAAAAGGCACUAAUCAAUCAGUUGGGCUUGAAAAAGAACCCAUUGAGAAUACUCCUACUGCCUCAAAGAAAAGAAAACGAUCUGUGUCUCAAGAAAACACUCUUGCAACACCUGAAACACCAGCAACCGCUGAACCUCCAGCCAAAAUAGCUCACCUAGAUGAAGAUAUGAUGCUAGUUAAGCGCAGACCUGGUCGUCCUAGAAAAUACGCCUUAGAUGAAUCUGCGAAUGUACCUGUGGUGCCGAAAACCCAAAAAGAGAAAAAGUACAAAGAUGACUACGAGUUCAAUCCAAGGCUACUUUUGAUACGAAAAAAAGAGGAACUCAAAAGCAAUGAGCCUCUCGUUGAUCCUAGUCUUCAAACUGAACCCAUCGGCCCUGACGAUGUACAGUGUGCCCUUUGCAUGGGUUACACACCCAAAAAGAAAUGGAUUCAACACGUUAGCACCCACUAUGGAAUUGGUUGGGUUGUAGGGCGUCCACCUCCUUUGAAUAUCAACUCUCGGGGGUCUAUUCUCAGUUUUCUUCUUGAAUUCUACAAAAUAUCCAAGGUUAAGGGGUUAAAUUGUCGUCUGUGUAAUUCUCUCAGACGAUCUGCUCUUGGACUUCUGAUGCAUCUCGAGCAGUGUUGUCUGACCGAAGCAGAAAUCAAUGAGAGUAGAAUUGUUUGUGAAUAUUGUAAGAGGAAUUAUACCAAAUCUUCCUACCUAACCCACAAGAGGUCCUGUUCGGAUUAUUUGAAACAAGUUCUGGAAGAGGCAAAGGUUGAAAAUGCCGAAGUUCCAGAAGGUACGACAGCCGAUGAUGUUCUAUCGAACACUGGAAGGUUGAAGAGAAAGGCUGUUAUCAUGGCUGAAACAAAGUUGAAGAAAUUAGAUGAGGCCCCUGAAUUUGUACCCGACGAUCUUAUCAAACACAUUCCAAGUAAAAACAUUCGGAGUAUUAAAUCAAUCAAGGAAAGCUGGAUAAUGGAGAUCAAUUCAUUUGGAAAGGGUUUUUGUGCCAGCAAAACAUGUCGUUUCACAGCGACAGCAAUCGACGAUCUAAUUGACCAUUACCAAGAGGAAGUCUGUCCCUACUUCGAAAAAGCUGGUUAUUUUUGUGUGAGAUGUAAAUUUUACAAUGAAAAUAUCGAAGUGGUUCGAUCUCAUGUCGUGGAUAAACACACACCAAGGGCACCAAAAGACAAGGGUGAUAGUGAUGCGGAAUUUGACUCAUCAGAUUCAUCGGAGUCUAUAGGGACGGAUGAUGAUGAUGAUGGGAAUGAAUCAGGCAGUGGGCACGAAGAUGGAGAUAAAGAUGGAGAUGGAGAAAGGAAAGCAAAACGAUCAAAGAAGAAAAAGUCGAAGGCAAAACGGAGAGGUUUUCAGAGUAAACAUCCGCCAACUAAAGAGUACAAAAAGCUUGUUCCUGAUCGAUGCUCAAUAUCCAAUAUACAAGACAUUGUGUCCCGAUUCUACGAUAUUUUCAUUGAGACAAAUUACUCUCUCGAACCCCUAUUUACGUUCGCCAAAGCAAAUUAUGUCCAUAUGGAGGCUUCAGAAUUAUACUUUCCUAGGUCGACAGAUUCAAUGAAAUUCACAUACAACCGGUUCAAUGGAUUUGUCAAAACCUUGGGUGAAACCAAAGUCGAAGCUGAUCAAUGGAAACAGUUGGAACGGCUGCAUGGGAUGUCGGAGAACGGUGAAUAUAUAGUUUAUUUGGGCGGUCCAGUGAAGAAUAUCGCUUGGGUACCCCUUGACCCUCAUCCGCCUUCCAAUACCCAAUACCUAGCUGUGACAGUUCGAAAGGGACUUGAUAAAUUUACGCGGUUCUCAAAUCAAAAACGUAGUCGAUCGCUGAUUUUCAUUUUUAAAUUCGACAUAAGCCUGCCACCGGCGACGACGACGGAAAUCAAGGCAGAAAUUAUCUAUGCGAUAGCCAUCGAUGAGGGUCCAAUACACGCUUUGGAAUUCCUGCCAAGUGGUGGAUAUUCGCCGGAAAUGAAUAGAUUAGGAAUGUUGGCUGUAGGCACCAUAGAGACUGAAAUUAAAAUUUACUCCCUACCUCUGAAGGUAGACAAAAAUGACUGUGAUUUGUUUCCAAUUGUCAAAUUGGAAUCUUCGAUGGAACUGCAUUUGGAGGUGUUGGACAAUUCUACGGAUUCAGCAGAAAUGUACAACUCCCAGUGUACAUGUAUAAUUUGGUCACAGAACGCUGGCCACAAUAUUAUUGUUGCAAGUUUUCUAAAUGGUUUUGUCGGCAUCUGGGAUAUAAGCGACGAUCCUGGUAAUCUGAAUCGAUUUGAUUCGAACAAAGGCAAGUUGUUCACGCCGGUUUCAUUUUUCUGGACAGUGGAAGAUCGAUUAAUGCAUAUGGCACUGCACUAUGACAUGAACGGUCCUCGAUGGUUGGCAGCUUCGAACUCAACCAGAAAAUUGCUGAUUUACGAUUUGCGAGACAUCACUCAGCCCAUGUUACUUCGUGUAGAAGUAACAAUAAAUAUAAUCAAUUGCAUUCAUUGGCCAGUUGCUUGGGAGAAUGUUAUGUUUGGUCUUGGCGAUACAAUGCCUUCAAAUGGAUGUGUCAUCAGCGUCCUCAGUCCCAUGUACAUUAUGUUUGCUAUUCGUAGGUUUGAAAAAUUCUGCACCGGAGUGUCAGACAUUCAUUUUAAUAUUUGGAGAAAUUGUUUUGCUGCGGGAGCAGACAACGGAGAUGUCCAGGUGACGCCUCUAAGGGAGGCAGUCUUGGAUGUUUCUCAAAGAUUAAAAAUCGAUGAAAAAAAUAUAUCCACAUUGGAUAUUGUCCAAUUGAAUGGUGAGAAAAUCAGCCAAAAUGGUAUUCAUAUUCCAGCGGAUGGAAUGCGAGUGUUCGAUAAGGAUUUCAAGGAUCAUUAUGGAAUUGUUUUUGGUCCCACGCGAAAGAUUAAAGGAUGCAAUAAGCCAGAAUAUUACAAUACCAAACGGGUACCGCCAUUAAAUUUACAUCGACUAAUGCGGAUUAGUAAAAUAAGAUUCAAUCAGAAUAAAAACGCAUGCGAUGUGUUAGCUGUUGGCUACGAAAAUGGUCUACUAAGAGUCAGUUUGCAUGAUUCACAUUAUUAAGCUUGACAUUGAAUCUUAGCAUUUUAAAAUAGUAACUUUAAGUUUAUCUUUUUUAAUUUAUUUUUUUUAUUGUAAUAUAUAUAAAUAUUCAUUGUUAAUAAAAUUUGCAAUUUUAGCCGAUAACAAAUACAAAUAAACAGGUUACUUUAAUGAGGAUAAAAGUAUUAUUAAAGCUUAAAUAAAAUUUAGAAAAAAAAGAA